AGUCUCUGCCCUAAUGCGGCGACUGGCAGCGAGAGGCGCUGCAGGGGACGUGGGGGAAGUGGCGGCGCCGGCGGCGGACAUCUGGGACUGCGCCCAGGGCUGGAGCCGGAGCUCCUGGAGGUUGAUUGACUUAUGUGCACUUUGGGAGCCUGGAGUUUUCUUGCCCUCUGCAGACUGGAGCAGAGCCUCCGCUGGGGUUGCAAAAAGCAGGCCGAAUGAGGCAGAGAAGCUGAGCACUGUCUGGAAAGCCCACGCAGAGCGGCACGAGGCGUCGAGAGCCCGUGGGCUGGGCAGCUGGGAGCAAGGCCCGGUGCUGAGGAUGGACCGGCAGCAGGCGCCACCCUGGGUCCACAUAGCCCUCAUCCUCUCCCUCCUCAGCCUCGGAGGAGCUAUUGAGAUUCCGAUGGAUCUGACCCAGCCCCCAACUAUCACCAAGCAGUCAGUAAAGGACCACAUCGUGGACCCCCGUGAUAACAUCCUGAUUGAAUGUGAAGCUAAAGGGAACCCCGCCCCCAGCUUUCACUGGACUCGAAACAGCAGAUUCUUCAACAUUGCCAAGGACCCGCGGGUGUCCAUGAGGAGGAGGUCUGGGACCUUGGUGAUUGACUUCCGAAGCGGUGGCCGGCCUGAGGAAUACGAAGGGGAAUACCAGUGCUUCGCCAGAAACAAAUUUGGCACUGCGCUCAGCAACCGGAUCCGCCUGCAGGUGUCCAAAUCUCCCCUGUGGCCCAAGGAAAACCUAGACCCCGUCGUGGUUCAAGAGGGCGCCCCCUUGACACUGCAGUGCAACCCCCCGCCUGGCCUCCCAUCCCCAGUCAUCUUCUGGAUGAGCAGCUCCAUGGAGCCCAUCAGUCAGGACAAGCGUGUCUCCCAGGGUCAUAAUGGGGACCUGUACUUCUCCAACGUCAUGCUGCAGGACAUGCAGACAGACUACAGCUGCAAUGCACGCUUCCACUUCACCCACACCAUCCAGCAGAAGAACCCGUUCACCCUCAAGGUCCUUACCAACAAUCCCUAUAAUGACUCGUCCUUAAGAAACCACCCUGACAUAUACAGUGCCCGAGGAGUUGCUGAGAGAACGCCUAGCUUCAUGUAUCCUCAGGGCACCUCGAGCAGUCAGAUGGUACUUCGUGGCAUGGACCUGCUGCUGGAGUGCAUUGCCUCUGGAGUCCCAACACCAGACAUUGCAUGGUACAAGAAAGGUGGGGACCUCCCAUCUGACAAGACCAAGUUUGAGAACUUUAACAAGGCUCUGCGUAUCACCAAUGUCUCUGAAGAAGACUCUGGGGAAUAUUUCUGUCUGGCCUCCAACAAGAUGGGCAGCAUCCGGCACACGAUCUCGGUGAGAGUAAAGGCUGCUCCAUACUGGCUGGACGAACCCAAAAACCUGAUCCUGGCUCCUGGUGAAGACGGGAGGCUGGUAUGCCGAGCCAAUGGGAACCCAAAGCCAACUGUCCAGUGGAUGGUGAAUGGGGAGCCUUUGCAAUCGGCACCACCCAACCCCAACCGUGAGGUGGCUGGAGACACUAUCAUCUUCCGGGACACUCAGAUCAGCAGCAGGGCAGUGUACCAGUGCAACACAUCCAAUGAGCAUGGCUACCUGCUGGCCAAUGCCUUCGUCAGUGUGUUGGAUGUGCCCCCUCGGAUGCUGUCUCCCCGGAACCAGCUCAUCAGGGUGAUCCUUUACAAUCGGACGCGGCUGGACUGUCCAUUCUUCGGCUCUCCCAUUCCAACACUCCGAUGGUUUAAGAAUGGACAAGGAAGCAACCUGGAUGGUGGUAACUACCACGUCUACGAAAACGGCAGCCUGGAAAUCAAGAUGAUCCGCAAAGAGGACCAAGGCAUCUACACAUGUGUGGCCACCAACAUCCUGGGCAAAGCUGAAAACCAAGUCCGCCUAGAGGUCAAAGACCCCACCAGGAUCUACAGGAUGCCUGAGGACCAGGUGGUGAAGAGAGGAACCACAGUGCAGCUGGAGUGUCGCGUGAAGCAUGACCCCUCCUUGAAGCUCACCGUCUCCUGGCUGAAGGACGAUGAGCCCCUGUACAUUGGAAACAGGAUGAAGAAGGAAGAUGACUCCCUGACCAUCUUUGGCGUGGCAGAGCGGGACCAAGGCAGUUACACGUGCAUGGCCAGCACCGAGCUGGACCAAGACCUGGCCAAGGCCUCCCUCACUGUUCUAGCUGAUCAGGCCACUCCAACUAACCGCUUGGCUGCCCUGCCCAAAGGACGGCCAGACCGACCCAGGGACCUGGAACUCACUGACCUGGCUGAGAGGAGUGUGAGGCUGACCUGGAUCCCAGGGGAUGAUAACAACAGCCCCAUCACAGACUACGUCAUCCAGUUUGAAGAGGACCAGUUCCAACCCGGGGUCUGGCAUGACCACUCCAAGUUCCCAGGCAGCGUCAACUCAGCCGUGCUCCAUCUGUCCCCAUAUGUCAACUACCAGUUCCGAGUCAUCGCUGUCAAUGAGGUUGGGAGCAGCCACCCCAGCCUUCCGUCUGAGCGGUACAGAACCAGUGGCGCCCCCCCUGAGUCCAACCCCAGUGAUGUGAAGGGAGAAGGGACAAGAAAGAACAACAUGGAGAUCACGUGGACGCCCAUGAAUGCCACCUCUGCCUUUGGUCCCAACCUGCGCUACAUUGUCAAGUGGCGACGGAGGGAGACCCGAGAAACUUGGAACAAUGUCACAGUGUGGGGCUCUCGCUACGUGGUGGGGCAGACCCCUGUCUACGUACCCUAUGAGAUCCGAGUCCAGGCUGAAAAUGACUUUGGGAAGGGUCCCGAGCCUGACACCAUCAUUGGGUAUUCAGGAGAAGAUUAUCCCAGAGCUGCACCCACUGAAGUUAAAAUCCGAGUCAUGAACAGCACGGCCAUCAGCCUUCAGUGGAACCGGGUCUACUCUGACACGGUCCAAGGCCAGCUCAGAGAGUAUCGAGCUUACUACUGGAGGGAAAGCAGUUUGUUGAAGAACCUGUGGGUGUCUCAGAAGAGACAGCAGGCCAGCUUCCCUGGUGACCGCCCGCGGGGUGUGGUGGCUCGCCUGUUCCCCUACAGUAACUACAAGCUGGAGAUGGUUGUGGUCAAUGGGAGAGGUGAUGGACCUCGCAGCGAAACCAAGGAAUUCACCACCCCGGAAGGAGUACCCAGUGCCCCCAGGCGUUUCAGAGUCCGACAGCCCAACCUGGAGACCAUCAACCUGGAGUGGGAUCACCCGGAGCACCCUAAUGGAAUCCUGAUUGGAUACACUCUCAAAUACGUGGCCUUUAACGGAACCAAACUGGGAAAGCAGAUGGUGGAAAACUUCUCUCCCAAUCAGACUAAGUUCUCGGUGCAGAGAGCAGACCCUGUGUCGCGGUACCGCUUCUCCCUCAGUGCCAGGACGCAGGUGGGCUCUGGAGAGGCAGCCACAGAGGAGUCGCCAGCACCUCCAAAUGAAGCUACUCCAACUGCAGCUCCUCCCACGUUGCCCCCGACAACUGUGGGUACCACAGACCUUGUGAGCAGUACUGAUGCUCCUGCCCUUGCUGCCACCAGUGAAGCCACAACAAUCCCCAUCAUCCCAACUGUCGUACCUACCACCAUCGCCACCACCGUCGCCACAACUACUACAACCACUGCCGCCACCACCACCACCACCACCACCACUACCACCACGGAGAGUCCUCACACUACCACCAUUGGGACUAAGAUCCACGAAACCGCCCCCGACGAGCAGUCCAUUUGGAACGUCACGGUGCUCCCCAACAGUAAAUGGGCCAACAUCACCUGGAAGCACAAUUUCAGGCCUGGAACUGACUUUGUGGUUGAGUACAUCGACAGCAACCAUACGAAAAAAACUAUCCCUGUUAAGGCCCAGGCCCAGCCUAUACAGCUGACAGACCUCUAUCCCGGGAUGACGUACACGUUGCGGGUGUAUUCCCGGGACAACGAGGGCAUCAGCAGUACCAUCAUCACCUUUAUGACCAGUACAGCUUACACCAAUAACCAGGCAGACAUCGCCACCCAGGGCUGGUUCAUCGGGCUCAUGUGCGCCAUCGCCCUUCUGGUGCUGAUCCUGCUCAUCGUUUGCUUCAUCAAGAGGAGUCGCGGCGGCAAGUACCCAGUGCGAGAAAAGAAGGACGUCCCCCUGGGCCCUGAAGACCCCAAAGAAGAAGAUGGCUCAUUUGACUACAGUGAUGAGGACAACAAGCCCCUGCAGGGCAGCCAGACAUCCCUGGAUGGCACCAUCAAGCAGCAGGAGAGUGACGACAGCCUAGUGGAUUACGGUGAAGGUGGCGAGGGCCAGUUCAACGAAGAUGGCUCCUUUAUCGGCCAGUACACAGUCAAAAAGGACAAGGAGGAAACAGAGGGCAAUGAGAGCUCAGAGGCCACAUCACCUGUCAAUGCCAUCUAUUCUCUGGCCUGAUGGAGCGCCCCAGGCACAGCACUGCUUUGCAAGUAGGAGGGGAGAAGGGGAGAUAAGGCAACUGCAGACCUACCACAAAGCCACAGCCACCUUCAGGGACAAGGGCACAACAUGGGGGUCUGCCAAGCUGUGAGGACCGGAGGCAACCCAGCUAUCCACAACCCCCUCCCAGUGAUGCCCCAACUCCCUUGGGUGUCACUAGACGGGAAAGCUAAAGCUAUGCUCAUUGGAGGGAGCCCUAGUUUCCUGCCCCAUGUCAUGGCCACCCUGAGCGGUCCACCACAAUGGCCACCCUUGAUCUCGGCACACACUCAUCCAUUUCCAUUGCUUACAAUCUUCUCCGUCUUUUUUUUUUUUUUUUUUUUUUUGCUUUGUACAUCUUCUCCUGCCAACCCAUUGUCUCCAUUUUCUUUCACUUUUGAAAAAAAAUGCCCCUGGAAAAAGAAUAAGUGGGCUCUCCCCCAGGAAACAAAAAGAUGGGCAAAAAGGAUUGAUCCAUAACACGACGUGCAGAAAAGCUGUAGUAUUCAAGCUGCCACUGGGCCAGUGUGUUUCCGAAGGAUGCCUUUUGCCAUAUGCCUCCCCCACCCCCACCCCCCACCCAUCUGCCUCGGCCUUGUCCAUGCUGAGCUGGGCUUGGCUCCUUUCUGGAAAAUGACAGUGUUUUUAUUUUUUUGGCAGGGAAAGGGUGGGCAGGACUCCUUGCCACGUUCUGGUUUGGUUGGGAGUGGGGUUUACCUCUUGCUCCUCGUUCUAACUCUGCCCCUGCUGCCAGAGAGUCUGAGAGUGAGCUGCACAGAAGAUGAGAAUGAAGAAUGGGUACUGACGAGAAGGACUCUGGAGACUGAGCCCCAUGCAGAAACAAGUGAGAAUUGUUUCUGGGUAACGGAGCAACCCUCUGGAGGAAAGAGAAAGAGAGAGAGCUGGGAUUGGACUUCUUUUGUCUCUGGCAGUGAAACCAGAGUGGAGGAGAGAGGGCCACAGCUGCCCACCAGUCAGGGUCUACGCUGCUACGCUCUGAGUGUUGGGUCCCUGUGAUACAAGAGCAUGACUGGUGUAUCUGGGGGAAAUGAUACUGCUCCCCCUCCCAUCCUCUCCUUGCUCAAUUGUGUCUGACAUUGACUUGUGUUUGACAUGGUAUAUGAAUGGGGACCUGCUGCCCCCAGACUGAGCCUAUCUGUCCUUUCAUUAGGGUACACGUACAUAUCAGGGGACCAUGAGGUGCACCGUACUGGCAGUGCUGUGAUGCCCCUGCCUGGAAGGACCCAAAGCUCUUCGUAUGCCUUAUGCAGCUCUCAUCUAACCCCGCAGUUCGCAGAUCCCUACCCCUACUCUGCAAGCCUCGAUGCCUCCAGUGAUGUAUGUCCCGGGACCAGGGCAGCCUAUGCAAGUGUCCCCUUGGGACCAGAAGCAGCCACUCCACACAUGGCCCUUACUCACCCCCACUCCACCCACUCCCGCCACUGCCCUAACGGAGACACUUGCAGGCUUGCGGUUCUCAGCCUGAAGGUGCUGCCUUCAUCCCUCACCUAAUCCACUUCUGAAACCAAAGGUACCUUGCCUCAGCGACACAGAGAUGAGAGAUCUUGAGCCAGAGGGGCACCCUGUAGCUGUGUCUGCAGUCUGAGGCAGUUGUGGGAGGGCAAGGUCAACCGCUGCGAAUGGAUCGCCUGCCAUUGGCAUGGUCUCCAGCUUGAGCUACUAGUCAGGGGCCUAGGCAGGACCAGGGCUGUGCCCUUCAGAGACUUUCCAAAAGCAUCAUUUGCCAUAUGUUUAAGCCGCAGAGGUAUUAACAAUGCUUGCAUCACUCGAUAAGCAUCCGGUUGAAGGUCAAGCCCAUAGGCACACACUCUGUGCAGGUAAGAAACCAUAUCCCAGAGAUGAACCAAUAAUGUUUGAACCCGAGAGCGCUGGCCCAACCCAUGGCCGGCACUGCUGCCUGGAGGCCCAAGGGAUGGCUCUCUGGUAAAAGGGGACAGGGUAAACAGCAGAAGGCCAGGGAUGGGGGUGUGCUCAGGGUCCCCUUCCCUGGCUCUAGUCUAGCACUUCUUGAAUGCAGCUGAGCAUGACUGCAGCAUAGGUCACCUUUCCAGGAGGGAAGGUUGAGGAAAUGUGCCUGUUAGCUGAAGUGAAUGAUCACCCUUUCCAGAAAACUCUUUGGAUCUGAGCAGAGUGGCCAGUUUCUCAGACCUCAUUCAUAGGUCACCAUCAGCUAGUGAACUUACUGCACCAACAACAGGCUUUUAGAGGAAGGGAUUCUUAGAUGUCACCAUAGCUAUCUCCCUGCCACAGACAGCCUGGAGAAGGCUGCUUUGGUCUUCAGGGUCUGGGGGGAGACGUGAACCCUUAGGCUGUCUUUGUGCCUCAUUCUAAGUUGUGUCACUCAGCACCAUCCUCCUCUGUAUAUAGGGAAGGUUAGGAACCCUUCUCUCCAGCUGUUGUUUCGUGGGAACUGAUAACUGCCCCAAUCGCCACUGAUCACAGCUCUCCCCGCAGGGACACAUCUGGGCUGGAGAACCAGCACCUGGUCUGGCAGGUGCCCCCAGACCAGGCACAGCGGUGUGAUGUUGCAAGGUGGAGGAGGCAGCUUCUUCUAGGGAGGGGAGAGGCCACUUUCCACACAGCCUGCCAGAGUGUAGCCCAACUCAGCAGGAGAGCAGUAUUGCCCCUCCCUGCACCUGGAUCUCAAGCAGCCGUCCCAAAGCAAUGCUAGUAUUUCAUCUUUCUGGUGGGGACAGGAAAAGGGUGUGGGUCACCUUGCAGCGAUUCUGGGUGUUUAUCAAAUGCUUCUUGAGUCUGGGCCAAGGCUUGAGCCCUAAUACCAUGUUAACGAGUGAGGUCAGAUGUGGCCCCUGCCUGCACAGGGCUGAUAUUACUGGAAAUGAGCAGAUGAGUUACAGGGACACGGUGACCAUUCAGUUGGAAGCAUGGUGCCCUUGUUUGCUUAGAGGCUUCCAAGGGGGAACUUGGUCCAUUGGGCCCAGCAGAUUGGGCAGAACAUGGCAGUCUAGAUGGGCAGGGUUCAUCAGCCAGUGCUGUGCUUCUGUAGGGUGUCUGCCUCCCCCAUUUAGCCCCUCUUUGAAUAUUCCUGUGCAGAGGGAAAUUAGAUGUGCAGGUCUGGAUCAGCUGCCCCCCACCCUGCCUAGGGUAUGGUAAACAGGACUCAUGGUCUCUGCUUGUGGACACUAGAGGGAAACCCAGACUGGCUCCUGCCCUUGACUAUUUCCUCUGCCCCCAGAGGUCUGGCUAGGAAUGAUCACUGGGCCUAGAGUCAGCCAGUGACUCGGCUCACCUCACAAAGGGAAUAAGAGGGCAUGUUCCCGAUUUCCCUGAACACAGUCAGCAUUGAGAAGGGAAUAGAAACAUCCAUGGGUAUUUGUAGAGUUUCUGGACAACCUCCCCACCCACCACACACCUGUGCAUACACACACGCACACAGCAGAUCCGUGUCCUAUUGCAGAGCAGCGCUUCCAGUAGGGAACAGUCUGGAUCGUGACAUCAUCUUGCAGGAUGUGAGUCCAUAUCUGGUUCACAGGAGAUGAGUUACUAAGACCUGGGGGAGGGGGGCACUUUGGGAAGGGAUGGAGGGGGAGGGGGGACUUUGAGAGGGAAGAGGUUCUCCGGAGUGGGCCUUAUUUUGUGAUUCCUGUGGACAGAGUGUAGAGAAGAUAUCUGAAGGAGAGACAAACAGACCUCCACGUUUCCUGCCUCCCUUUCCUUGGGAGCCUCUGGUUAAGCCAGGCUGUCCAAGAGCCUCCCCAGCAUGAGGAGGAAAGCAAGGUUUUUUUUGUUUGUUUGGUUUUUUUUUUUUUUUUGCUAUUUAUGAGGCUGUUUCAUUGUCCCUCUACAGAGGUGAAACAUCCUGGUCCCUCCAUGGUCUAGGACUGAGGCCAAGACUCACUUCUCAGUGGGAGGGUGGCCGGUCUCUCGGAUGCCACCCCAGAGCCCAUCCCUCACUUCUUUCAUAUUGUGGUGGGGUGUCCUCCAACCAAGUCCAACAAGCCUCCGUCCAGUGCAAGCCAGUGACCAGGAUUAGGUCCACCCAGAUAGGCCACGGGGCUCCCUUUUUACCGAAGCAGAAGUCCUCAUGUGAUUUCACCAGAUAGCUUAGGAAUUCUAUGUAGGCUGUCCCCAAGUCAAAACAAGAAGUCUCGAGCCAGCCACAGAGACUGCGGAGUGUCAGGAGCUUCAGUGCCCUGGGGGACACAGGUGGGCUGGGCAGAGCUUCCGGUCAACUCCGUGGCCAAAUGCCUUUUAAUACUAAUGUGCUGAUAACAGCAGCUGCUGCCAUGAGAAAGGAGAUGGAGAUGAAGCAGGUCCAAGGGUUUCCCCAUGUGAAGGAACCUCGGAGCUGAUCUAAUUGAAAUGACUCAUUGUACAGACAGGGAAAUGACGGUGCAGGGAGGAAAGCUGGUCAGUCAGGGUACUAUUAGGACUUGAACUUGGGCCUUCUGACUCCGUGUCCAGCACUCCUUCACCCCACCACAGCUGCCUCAGCAGGUGUUGCUCCUCACCCCUCCACGUCUCUCUACCAUCACAUUCAUGCCCCCAGACCCUCCAGGUGAACAACAAAAAGGCUUCUCCUGAGGCCGAGACCGGACAGUCUGUGAUAGCCCAUGGCUAACUGGGCCAGGGAGUUACAGACAGCCCAAGACCAGGGGUGGAAUGAUGAGCUCAUAGGUGUUUGUUACUGUGGCCUCAGAAUGGUGUCUCUUGCUUCAUCACACACCAGGGCUCCAGCAUGCUGUAUUCCUCAGAAGUGAAGGCAGGGAGAGGGCGUCCGUCCAUUCUGCCCUUGACCACAGAGUCUGCAGGUGCUGAGGGGUAGCGGGGCCCAGGCAAGUUUACCACCCUGGGAUCUGCCAAGCUGGAGUUCAGCAGAUGUAAAGACUUCCAUGAAGCAAUAAACACAAAAGUCUGGGAGUAGAUAUCCAGAAUUUUGUGCACUCCUGUUUGUAUUUUUUUUUCAAAAUUGUUGCAGAUCAGAUGACCCUGAUCUGCUUGCUCCUCUGAGUCUCAGAUGUGAUGUCCUCAGUCAGUGUUUCCCCUCUGCCCGGCUUCCCAGCUCUUUGCCAACUUCUUCUGAGCUAAUUACCAGUCACCUGUCACAUGCCGCUAUCUGUCCUGGUUCCCCCACCACCACCUCAACCAUGCUGGAUCCUGGAGGCCCUCUUCCCCUGCCCGCAACCGCAUACACAUCUCUCCCUUCCAACAUGGUUUUCCCUGUGUCUCCAUCCGGCCCCACGUUCCUACGCACACGAGUUGGUCUAAUCGUUUCCCCAUUGGUUACACAUUUAACUCUCCAUGGCAGGCUCAUGUCAAUCCCUCUCACAUCAUGUUCCUCCCUUCUUGUGAGUUAUUUGUCAUUAACCAACUUUGUCAGCGACAGAUGUGUAUCUGAGGGUGUCAUGCACGACCUUCAGCAGGGACUUCUGGGCCAUGGAGGACUGUCUAAUACAUGGACUUAUAAACUGACUGCAUGAGCAAUGAAAAGGCCAAAUUAUUCAGAUUUUUUUUGGAAUCACUGAAAAAAAAAACCUGAUUUCUUUUGUAUAGAGAACACUAAACGUAUAAUAAAAGUUGUUCAAAAUGGG